CGCAACUUUACCGUCGCUUUAAAUACAUAAUACUUUUAUACGCGCUUUCGUUCUUCUCUUCUCUUCAGCAACGCUCUGGUUUCUCAUUUCAUUCAAGUGUGUUGUGUAGUAGAACGUACGAAGAAGACGAAGCCUAUAAUACGUUCCCUUUGUCCGUGAGAAUAUUAUACGGUGGUUGGACGACUAUGCCUACUAACCACAACUGUUGUAGCGACGAAUAAUAUCGAAUUUGAAAUCUAACAAGUAUCGAAGACCGCAGCAGAAUUCGGUAAAGCAGAAAUGCAAAUUGGAAUGUGCAUCGAAAUUUAAUCGAAGCGGUCCGAAAUCAACGAAAAAUGAGAACGCUUAUGUUCAUCGUUCGCUCGAUGCUUUUACUAUUUUUGCUGUUACUCAUUAGCAUCGUGUCAUCGGCCUCUACCUACGAACAUGCCGCCCUCCAAGCCGCCGACCAAUGUGACUGGAUGGGAAGUGGUGGCGGUGGUCGGGGUGUACGACCGGUGUACCUACGAUGCUCCAGAGGAACUGUAUUUUGGCGCUAUCCACGCGGAGCUUUGCGGGUAGUUCUUUCAAGCAGCAGCGAUGGUACUUUUCGAUUAUCCGGCUUUCGUACUUGCACCAAGGUUUCGGGACCGGUGAGAGUAUAUUUGGAGACACGUGGAAAACUUCGGCCAGUUUAUUCACCUAGAGAUGGAAAACACAAAGCUACGCAUAGAUGUUUUUACGCAAAGAAACAGCCGGCGGCACUUUACAUAGAAGCGGAAGAGCCCGUUUCGGGUGAACGUCACGAUGCCAAGUUACAGUACGAUCUAGAGUUACGAUACAUCGACGACCGACAAGGAGGAAGAUCGCGACGAUUCAACGACGAGGAAGAAGAAGAGUGCAGGCCGUGUUCCAUGGAUGAAUUAGCCAAGGCUUACUGUCAAAGCGACUUGGUAGCCAGGGGUACCGUGAGCGCCGUACAGAAACAACCGAAUUUGGAAGCUGCGGAACUGGUCCUUGGAGUAACGAAGAUUUUACGUCGAAUCGAAGAGAACGAGAGCAACUACGACGCGGAUGUUACCGAUUCCCACGAUCGUAGAAACGUUCGCAUAAGGGUACCGACUGCCUGUGACGCGCGUCACGGUCAGGGAGAGUUUGUGAUAAUGGCUAAGCGAAGACUCGGCGAUCUUGUUCUGGUCUGUGCACCGAGGCUGGAAACUUGGGCAAAGGUAGUUCGCGAAUUGGAAACUGCACCGUGUGUUCUCCGAAGUUAGCGCGCAUUCGAGUAACAACAACCAGAUGAUAUCUGUAAAUAAUUCGUAUUUUCCUACUCUGCAUGGGACGAAUAUCGAUCUCCGAACUGUGAUAUUGUUUUGUAUAAAUUUUAUCGCGAUAAAUACACAAUUUUUCAGCAAUAUCGUUGGUUUAAUAUCAAUCUAUCCUUGUUGCGAACCUUAGUUUUAACCGAAUACAUAGUUCUAGUCAUGCGUCGUUUUGCAACAGAAACUUUGUCGAGUUUAGACGAUAAUCACUGUACUUCAAGAUACAUACGCUCGUUUUAUAAUAUUUGUAGUCUUACACAAAAUGAGAAAUGUCGUCCAAAGUAUAUUUCAUCGGUAUACACUUACAUUACACAUUCCAACGUUUAUUCAACGGUCACAUCGCGAUAUAUGUAUGUACACGCAAAGGUGUUGUGUGUAAUCAUCACAUAUAUGCCACUACUACAUUCGAAACAGACGAAUACACGCGUUCGAAAAUCGUUUCGUACUACGAUACUGUAUGUUGUCAAGUGUGUGUGUGUGUGUGGGGGGGAUACAUACACACACAACAAAGCGUAUAAAUAAUAAUAAACGGACGAUUUUAUCCUUAGAUUUAUACCGGGUUAUCUUUGAAACGACGUCGCUGAAAACUAACUAUUAUCGCAAAUAAUUUGAUCGACACGUCACGACUCGCGAAUUUUCUUCUGUAUACAUCGAAGGAACCUUCUGUAUGAUACAAGCGUUUGUACUCGCGGUAUGGUAUAUUAUUUUGCAUGGUCCCAAGAAAAUGAUCAAGAAUCAAUAUACGCAACUGUACGAAAGAUCACGAAUCGACAUUUUCGUUUAACGAAAGAAUAACAGGUAC